CAAUUGAACGCACACUGGAUCGAGUUCGAAUAGAAUAAUUUGUAGGUUAGUUAGUGCUAGGUGCGCGUCCUUUUGAAUUUAUUCGAGCAUUUAGCCAAAUAUCAGGCGAAUAUGGGCUCGAAUGGGGAAGAUAUCGACUACAGCAGUCCCUACGCUAAUUACAGGUCACCCCUCAGCACCAGGUAUGCCAGCAAGGAGAUGCAAUAUAACUUCAGCGACCAAAAGAAGUUCUCUACCUGGAGAAAGCUGUGGAUAAAUCUCGCAAAAGCCGAAAAGGAACUUGGCCUGGACAUUACCGACGCCCAGAUCAAGGAAAUGGAAGCUAAUGUCCACAACAUCAACUUCGACGAGGCAGCUGCCGAAGAACGCCUCACCAGGCACGACGUCAUGGCACACGUCCACGUUUUUGCAAAACAGUGCCCCACAGCAGCCCCUAUAAUCCACUUGGGCGCUACUUCCUGUUUCGUUGGCGACAACACCGACCUCAUCGUUCUCAAGGAUGGACUGGACUUGCUGUUACCUAGGGUAGCCGCUGUGAUACGGAAUAUGACACACUUCUCUGAGCAAUACAAGUCACUACCCACCCUUGGCUUCACUCAUCUGCAACCCGCCCAACUGACCACGGUCGGCAAAAGGGCGACCCUUUGGCUGUACGACUUCCUCAUGGACGAAAGAGCCCUUCGCAGGGCUAGGGAGGACCUCCGUUUCAGGGGGGCCAAGGGGACCACAGGAACGCAGGCCUCCUUCAUGCAGCUCUUUGAGGAUGGCGCCAAAGUCAGAGCUUUAGACCAGCUCGUGGCUAAACUGUCGGGAUUCCAGAAAACUUACCCGGUCACCGGUCAGACCUACACCAGGAAGGUUGAUGUGGAGGUCGUCAGUUCUUUGUCUUCUCUGGGUUCUUCAAUUCACAAAAUGUGCAGCGACCUCCGCCUCCUAGCCAACAUGAAGGAGAUCGAGGAACCCUUCGAAAAAAGCCAAAUAGGCAGCUCGGCGAUGCCCUACAAGCGUAACCCGAUGCGUUCGGAACGCUGUUGCGCCCUAGCGCGCCAUCUGAUGGCCCUCUUCUCCAACGCAGUCAACACGCAUUCGGUGCAGUGGCUGGAACGAACUUUAGACGACUCGGCUAACAAAAGGCUGACGCUUUCCGAAGCGUUCCUGAGCGCAGACGCCGCCUUGCUGGUGUUGGAGAACAUCACCCAGGGAUUGGUGGUGUACCCCAAGGUGAUAGAGAGGAGGAUUAACCAGGAACUACCGUUUAUGUCCGCGGAGAACCUCAUCAUGGCCAUGGUGAAGAAGGGAGGGGACAGGCAGGUUUGCCACGAGAAAAUCAGGGUGUUGUCGCAAGAGGCGGGAGCUCAGGUUAAGCAGUUUGGGAAAGAUAAUGACUUCUUGGAUAGGGUUAGAGGUGAUUCGUAUUUUUCUCCAAUUUUGAGCGAAAUUGAUAGUCUUUUGGACCCUUCCACUUAUACUGGAAGGGCCGCUGAUCAAGUUACCGAGUUUUUGGAAGAGGAAGUGUUUCCUUUGUUGGAACGUUACCAGGAUGUCCUGAAGCAAGAGAAUCCUGUGACCUUGAAUAUUUAAGGAUUUUUAGAUAGACGGUUAAUAAAUGUUUGUAUUGUU